UUCUGGCUGACCCUGGCACUCUGCACUCUGCUUCAAGCUCGCAUUAGCCCGAACACUCUCUUGUCCCUAUUGUGAGUAUCUUGCUAGAUCACAGCUAUACUCUAAUCGUCUGCUAUACUUCGCUUCCUAAUAUGACAGCCGUGAAUCGCGUAGAAGAAGCCCAGAUGAAUGGCAACCUCAUUGAUCUCAUCUCUGCUGCUGUCGGCGGCGAAACACUAGCUUGCUCAGACGAGUUCUUUGCAGAGGCAAGCAAUCUCAUCAACCCAAAACCCCCAGUCUUCAAACCAGACCUGUACGUGCCAAGUGGCAAGUGGUUUGAUGGCUGGGAGACAAAGCGGCACAAUCAGCAGCCCACAGACUGGGUCAUCAUCAAGCUGGGCGUGACUGGCUACAUCGAGGCCUGCGAGAUAGACACAGCCUUCUUCAACGGUAAUGAAGCACCUGCUAUCUCUGUAGAUGGCUGUAUCCUCAAGGAGGGACAGGAUGUGGACAAAGCAAAGUGGUCUGAAGUCAUCGCCAAGACCCCUUGUGGGCCUUCCCAGCGCCACUUCUUCCAGCUAGCCAAGCCAGCUUCUGAGCUCUUCACACAUGUUCGUCUACAUCAACACCCAGAUGGUGGUGUAGCACGCUUCAGACUUUAUGGUAAAGUCAAGCCUACAUUCCCAGAUGACAAGUCUGUCGUUCUCGACAUGGCGUCGGUCCGCAAUGGCGGUAUUGCUCUUCACUGCUCCGACCAGCACUUUGGCCGCAUUCAAAACUUGAUCCUGCCAGGCACAGGUCAAGACAUGAGUGACGGAUGGGAGACAUCUCGAUCUCGUGCACCAGGCCAUUAUGACUGGGCCAUCCUCAAGCUCGGCGGUGCUACUGAGCUAGAACGUAUCGUGGUGGACACGAUCCAUUUCAGGGGCAAUUAUCCACAAAGUGUCGAGGUAUCUGCAACAGCCUCAGAGAGUGAUGCUGCAGAUGCGCUGGAGUCUGCCAAGUGGGCACGCAUUGUUGAACGAAGCCCGACCAAAGCUGAUAUUGAGCACGAAUACCAAGUCUCGGGAGCAGGGCCCGCUACGCACAUCAAGGUCUGCAUGCACCCUGACGGUGGCAUCAAGCGAGUCAGGGCUUUCGGAAGACGUAUUUAGAAUAAAUUCGCAAGGUCAUAGCAGAUAUGGAUCAACUAGACCAUGUCCGUCUACUCU